CUUAUCCCUGAAAAUUAACAAGUAGAAAUGCAGUCGACCUCAUCAGCUCUACUGCGCAAAUGCUCUUACCCUCUCCCCCUUAACCACUUCCUCUUCCACUUCCACCAUCGACACCCUCGCAAAACCCUCAACUUCCUUCCCCUCCCCCCAAAACCCCAAACCCACUCCUCAAACCACUGCGCGCUUUCCAUCUCUCACACCAACAGUUGCAGCAGAGAGCACCAGGAGCAGAGCCAGAAGCACACCAACGGCGAUUCCGACCCUUAUCAGAACGAUUUGUUGUUUCUGCAGUUGAAAUCCUCCGGCGAUACCGAGGCGGCCAGUAAUCAAAGCCCAGAAGCCCCAAACGACGAACGAGGACGAGACCAAAGAGAGAGCGAAGCCGAUAAUUCCGAGGGACUUUUGACAAACAUGUGGUGGGCAGACGUGAAAGCCGCACUGGGACAAAGGUUCAACUUUGGAGCCAUAGUUCGUUCGGCCAUGGUGCUCACAAAGGACAAGCACUUGGCGCUGCCGCAUGUUUCUGUGCCUGAUGUUAGGUACAUUGAUUGGCCUGAGUUGCAUAGAAGGGGUUUCAAGGGUGUUGUGUUCGACAAGGAUAAUACUAUCACUGCGCCGUAUUCCUUGACGCUUUGGGGCCCUCUUGGGUCUUCGUUGGAGCAGUGUAAAUCAGUUUUCGGACCCGAUAUCGCGGUGUUCAGUAACUCGGCUGGGCUUUAUGAGUAUGACCAUGAUGGUUCAAAAGCUAGGGAGCUUGAAGGGGCAAUUGGAAUUAAAGUCAUAAGACAUAGAGUGAAGAAACCAGCUGGAACAUCUGAAGAGAUCGAGAAGCAUUUUGGUUGUAAAUCUUCACACCUAAUUAUGGUGGGUGAUCGGCCUUUCACUGAUAUUGUCUAUGGAAAUCAAAAUGGCUUUCUCACUAUUUUAACUGAACCGUUGAGUCUCAAUGAGGAGCCGUUCAUUGUUAGGCAGGUGAGGAAACUAGAAACAUCCCUUGUGAAUCAUUGGUUUAAGAAAGGGUUAAAGCCCACCAGUCAUAGGCUGUUGCCUGAUGGCAAGCAGUGUGUCAAACAUCCACCACCCCUGUAAGAAUUAUUAUUGAUAUAAUUCAAAAACAAAGUUCUUCUGUUUGUCCUAGUGAUUUUGUUAGUUUCACCAUUUGUUGAUUCAAAGCAAUGAGAAAUUAUUUAUUUUCUUUCUCCA